AUGCUCGUACUGUACUCGACGUUGCAUCAGUGGCUAUACUGGAGCUUGCAUUUGAAUCCGGGGACGUCGGCGGUCGAGUCGACAACGAGGCAACAAGACACCACGUGGCCGACGCCGUCCAUAGCCUACAGCAGUAGUAGUGGCGACCCGAACAGCAGUAACGCCACCAUCACCGAUGAGGCGCCGACGGCGAAAACAAACGAGUCCGAGGCCUCCCCAGACUCCAGCGUUGAAACCGUAGCAACGUCCACUCAAGAGACGAAGACAACGCCCGCUUCAGCAACCGUCCAAAUCCCAUCCGGUAACAGUACAGUCGACGUCACCGACGCUAGUCCUCCGCAGGUGGUCGUUUCUAGUCAGAAAACGAGACAGGUCUCCACAAACAAGUCAGCGGAACCUCACCUCAGCACAGCGGCGCCGGUGUUCUCGAGUGUCGAGUACUCCAACCCGACUCCCGAAAAGCCGGAGCAAAUGUCAGCCGAGGAAAAUGCGACGACCAACUUCACGUUACGUCCGUUCUCGAGAAAGGCGGCUCUGAUUCGGAGCUUUAAGAGAAAACCUACGAGGGCACCGGCGGUUAAGAAGUCUACCUACUCUCCGACCACCUUAUUGAGCACGCCCUCAACUUCGAAUAUUGUGAACAGUUCGGAAGCCAGUCUCAAUGCGACUACUUCUAGUGCUGCGAUCCAAACGAACACCUCAACCCUUGAAGAAGUUGGCAUUAAUGUCAUUCCGGUGCAGGAAGCUGACAACGCGAGAAACGAGACAUCGCCGUCAAGCAAUUCUACCGCUGCUCUGUCGGUGCAAGCUAGCUACCUCGACGCUGCCAUUGCACAGGCCAUUUCACCUAACCUUACCACACUGUCCCCGAACAAACCCUUCCAAGAGGAGACGCUUGCUGACUCCAGCGUUCAGUUUGAGAACGCUACAUUCAUGACCGAGUACAGCAGUAAUAAGACCGGCUCAGAACCUGCUUCUGUAGUGCUCCGGCAGCGAGCAUCGUCCACAGAACCCAGCGACGCAGGUCUUACGGCCACCACAGCUCCUCCCGCCGUCACCUCCGUCCCCGUCGUCAAUGCGUCAAGUCCAGAGACUUCGAGCGGCAACAGCUCUGCUCCGAGGACGGCCACCUCCUUCAUCGUGAGCGUCACGUACACCGACGAACAGAACGAGACCUUCGUGACUACCAAGGACAAUGUGACUGUUCCCGUGACCCUGGUUAACCCCACGAGGCCCGUCACCCCGGGUCCCCCGAGCUCCAGCUCACCUUCGCGGCGCUACAGCCCGCCCACCCGACGCACCACUCCCAAGCCAUCGACGCCGCCGGGGGGCCUCGUCGCGAGGCACAACUUGGCCCACGCCAAGCACGGGCUGAACCUCCCGACGCGACGGACGACUCCGGGACUUCCGGGGGCUCCAACGCGGAAACCCGCCGUCCACGUGGGCCGAGGCACCAGGGCUCCGUUCGGCAUCAUCGGCAGCACGCGUAGGACGACCCUGGGCACGAAGCCGACGAUCCGCGCGCUCACCAAGAUCUUCGACCGCGCCCGCACCCGACCGCACACGAAGGCGACGUCGCCGAGGCCUCUCCGGGGCCCCAGGAUCAGGAUCUCGACGGGCAAGCCCGUCCGCAAGGGAUUCCCGAUCGGCCCCAAGCCGUCACUGCACAACGGCACCAACUUCGACCUGGACGCGUACACCCGGCUGCUGAACGUAACCCGGAGGCCCCGCACCAAGCCGACCACCUGGAGGACGACCUUCUUCAACGUGACCGAGCCGACGGUCUCCAACGAGGUCGAGCAGCCCGUCGUCAAGGUGGCCGGCAUCGUCAAGAUCGUCGACGGCUGGGACUGGUCGCCGCUGCUCGGGGAUCACAACACCCACGAGUACCGAUACCUGGCCUACACAAUGCGGAAAUUGUUGGAGUCGGUGUUCCGGGAGACGUCCCUCGGGAAUUGGCUCUACAGAGUGGACAUCGACGGCUUCAGCCCCGGGAGCAUCAUCGUGGACUACUUCGUGCUGUUCCACCAGAGGCGCGAGCCCGUAGUGCCCACGUCACUCAUCGAGGCGUUCAACUCCCACCUCGGCGUCAACGGCUCGAUCGGGGAAUUCACGCUCGACCCGACCUACACGCAGUUCGAAGUUGUUGGCGUGGUGAGGCCCAAGCCGCUGGCUUCCUCGUCCGCAGAGCCCCCGAUUCCCCAGUGGGCCAUUGCCGUGAUCGUCAUCGCUACAGCGUCGCUCAUCUUCAUCGUGCUCUUCGGGGCCGUUACGAUCUACGGGCGCAGUGCGCAGCGUCGCAAGUACAACAACCGACUCCAGGAGGACGACCUGGAGAAGACGGGUACACCCACCAAGGACUGGGAGAGCAAGCUGGCCGCAUCGUACGAGAACUUCGCCGCCGACUCCGUCUACGACACCGACGACGCCCACCAGGAGAUCGUUGACGACCGCUACAAGCGUGCAGCAGCCUUUGAAGAAAGCCUCCAAAUUCAGCGAGCAGCUGUCAUUGAGAAGCAGCUUGAAAUUCAGCGUGCAGCAGCCAUUGAGGAGCAGCUUGAAAUUCAGCGUGCAGCAGCCAUUGAAGAGAGGCUCAGGGCACAGGACACGUGGAGAGCCAAGUGGGGUGUCCUGACGAACAAGAAACCACUCCACGCACGAGACACCAUGUUCUGAGUAGACAGGGACAUCACUUACACCGAGCUGUGGCACCACCCACUUACUCUGCCUUAAUACUCGACCCCAGGGACCCACUCAGUCGGCUCACUCAAGCACUCCUGUUUUGGGAUUUGAGGCCCCUGCACCACAACUUUGGCCCGAGUCUUUUAAAACCGCAGUCUAUGGCUCCAACUACCGCCACCAGGAUUUGUUGGAUCAAAGUGUAGGUUCGUCAGAAGCCCACCAGCAGGAGCAAUGUCCAGGAGCCCCUCCCUCUGGGGGCCCUCGAACACGAAGUGGCACCCUCGGCAAAGGAGACACUUGUCACAGCUUUGCCAUGUACAUUUUUUGAACGGGCAUGAUGUGAGUUACAAUCAGGGGCAUGUUGACCAACCUUACCUCCCCUCCCCCCCCCCCCCCACGCUUGUUGACUCAGCUGGAGGAACGAUCAUGUAUUUAAUUUUUCACCUGUUGGAUAGAAUGCUUGAAUCACUUGUGGUUUGUCCAUCCAGUUACACACAACUGUCAUGAAGUUUUUGUACAGACAUAACUGUAGACUGGAAAUAUGUUGCUGAGAUCUCAAGGCAGGAAGGUGCUACUACCGCCAUCAACAAAGGCGUUGGAUGUGGUUCCACCACGCUGAGACUUGCACCUGGAGGACUGUUUCCUGUUAGUUCAUUGUUCACAAAUGUAGUUACUUAAAACUAAAAUAUUAAAUGUAAAAUCUUUUUCUUUUUUUUUUUAAUUAGAGAGCUUGGCAGUUUACUGAAACUAGGAUUUUCAUCCUCUCGAUACAUCCGACAUGUAUAGAAAAUGUCCUAUUUUCUUAUUAACCAAAAUACAGCCCAUAAAGCCUUCUCUGGAAAGAUAUUUUUGACAAUAUACAAAUAUGUUGAACCUGUUCAUUCUGCUAGAGACGUAAGAUGAGCAUAAUAGUUUUCUGCCUGGGAGUGCACAGUAAUGCUCUCACUAGGUAGACAUUCAGUACCUACAUCAAACUCCAUUACUAAACCAGUUAGCACUCUCUGCACCACACUAAAAACCGUGAAUGAAUAAUUGGCCUUCAUGAUAUCUGAUUAUCGAUCAAGUAUCAAAAUUCAGCAGAAAUAAAUCUUCAGUUGAAUAACAAAAGUAUGUUGACUUAGCAUCUUUUUAAGAAAGGUGAGAUUACUAAACAAGAAACAAACAAAAAAGUUGAAUGUGAACAUGUUGGUUUUCAGUAACUUGUCACAGAAAGUAUAAAGAAAAAGGACAGACCAGGACGGACAUCUGACUGUCAACAUAUAUUAGAUGUCCUUGUCCGUCCUUUUUGUUUAUACUUUCUGCAACAAGUUAGACAAAAAAGUUGCACUAAUCCUGAAUAUUUCAUUAAACUUGCUUUAUCAGUGCAGACUUAUGUUAAACAAUUAUGAAGUAUGGCAGUGACUUAUUGGUGCCAGAUGAUAGAACCAUUAGAAUUACAUAUACAAAUUUAGCUUCCCUGACCACCUAACAGAAAAGGGAUAGUAUUUGUAUCACAUAACAAAAUGUCUUGGGAGGUGCAACUACCUAGAUCUUUUUGCUAUGGAGAAAACAAUUGUAUUUGACAGCAUGAGCUGAAAUGUACUUAUGUUUAAAUUAGUAAGUUUUAGUUUGGUUGUUUAAAAACAAUUGUGUGAGAAACAGCAGAAUUUUUUUCUUCAUUGUCAGAUCUAGGCUGAAACAGAUUAAAUAUAUGUGAUAACUCAAACUAUUUCUUGACAUAAUAUGCAAAAUCAAUGUAUCUCAAUGGUACAAUCUCUUUAAACUUUUCUGUAAGUAAUCCUUGAUUUUUGCUAGUCAAGACUUGUCAUGUAUGUAUACUUGGUUUUGUUUGAAAUAUUACAGGAAUGUAUCAGUGAGACAUAACUGCCAUAAAAAUAUUUUGGUUGUUUGUGGUUACUUGAUGUAGCGCAUAUACAACAUUCAUUCCUUUGCAACUUAAUCUGUUGUAGCAUGCACUGCUGCAGUUAGCACUUUGGUGGUCGUCAUUUCUGAGGUUGGUGCUACAAAUGGAAAUUCAUAAUGCACCAAGAAUAAAUUACAAUGAAAUGUGAUUGUCAGUAAUGAUGUGAACUUCAGGUUACAUUAAUACUCAGUCGGAUUACUGAGAAAUAAUAACACUAUAUGCAUUACAAAACAUUGAGGAUCAUUUCGAGACUCCUUUGGACUAAAUAUUGGGUGCAAGAUUGAAUCAUACAAUUUCUAGUUGCCACCUCUGGUGAUUCAAAUUCUGAUGCUGCAUUAACUACUGCCGCACGGUGCACGACAUAGUACCUAAACAUCACAUCGGCUCUGUUACACAAUGUACUCGGACAAAUAUAUUGUGAACCUCAACCCUUAUAAUUAAUAGUGGUGCUGUGUAUGAGCGAAUUCCGCUACACUAGUAGUCUUGAUGCAGCCUUUCAAAUUUUACAGAAAAUAAAUUUAUGAUUUUAUAUCUUGGC